CUGCCUCCUACCCUCAAGUGCUCCCACCCUCCUACCCUACCGUCUUUUAGCCCUCCCCCCACCUCGGCUUGUUCCUCUCUGCUACCUAGGUAGACUUGGACUGGCACUGGCACACACACACACACAGCCUUUUCCCCUUCCUCUACCAGUCUACUUAGACAAACUCUCCCUUGGACUCGUUGGACUCGUUGGACUCGCCCUCGACCUCGCCCUUCAGUUUUCAAUGGUCGGCCAUCCUCCGACAGCUGGGAUCCCGGGCUCGUCUCCUCGUUCCCGCAUUUCCUCUCUUUUUGUGAUGUCACGCGUGGGCGGUUGUCGCAAAUCCCAGUAGCGCCGGCGGUUUUAUUGCAUUUGCAGUCGGGACUUACUCGCGCUUCAGCCCACGCCGGUCCCGGUCCCCUUCUUCAAGUCAUUUUGGCACGACGAGUACCAGCGCCAGCAUUAGCAAACAACGGCGUUCCGGCCUUCGGGUUCCCAGUCUGGCCCUCAACAAACAAUUCCCCCACGGGGCUAGUCCACUCAGCUUUGACGUUUUUUUGGCACUACGGCCACGACCACGGCCACGACCUCAACCUCGUCGACGACAACAUCAAUAACAGUAUUCUGGUAAACUACUGCUGCGAGUGCUGGACCCACCACAUCAACAACGGCCACCUGCUCCCAGUUCCCAAGCUCCCCAAGCUCCCCAAGCUGCAGGCCAAGCAGUCCCAUCUCACCCGACCCCCCGUCAGAAGCUCGAGGCGCAGCACAUGCUCAAGUAGUGUAGUCUGUCUCCCCAUCGUCAUCCUCAUUUCCGUCGCAAACAACACGGCUCGGCUCGGCAACGGCACCAGCAACCACAGCAACAGCAACAGCAACGACGACAGGCAACCCAAGACGACGAUCCUCUUGUGUCCAGAAUCCAGACUGCCAGACUGCCAGACUGCACACACGCAGUCAGUUCCUGAUACAUCACAAUAGUGCCCCGCCCACUCCGAUCCACGCCCUGUACUCCGUACUUUAUUGCCCUCUGGCCCUUCCCUGCGCCUGGCCUGCAGUUCCUGUACAGCCGCCCAUUUAUUACGUGGGCGAAACAUUGUCAUUUGGCCGACGGUCGAAUCGACGCGGACAGAUGUGCCUGGUUUUUGUGGACUGACUCCACCUCGCUGCUGUCCUCUCUGCACCCUUCAAUUGGGUCAGAAGCCCAGGCCUGGCCAUUGUACCGCAACAGCGCAGUCCACGCCCCAGAAGCAGUAAUCCCGCCCUGCAACCAGCAUCGUGACCACUCGCCCCUCCCUGCCAUCCCACCGCGCCCCCCCCCCUGCUGCCCCUCGUCCUGCUUCCCUGCGAUACACGCAGCGGUACAUACGCAGCAGUACCUCUGGGUCGCCCCACCCCGCCAUAGAACAAACAACACCCACUCCCAGCCAGGCCCCAAAAUCAUCGUGACCUCUCCUGCUCUUGCCUCCCUCGCCCGGCUGUCAGCUGUCUGGUCUGGUGGCCGCCAUCCCUAUAUCUAGUACGGCGACUCUCACCGCCGCCGUCUGGAUACAGACGCACUGUCCAGCAAUAUCAGAGCCGCACCGGCAGCUUCAUUCACUCAGUAUUCAACACCAGCACCACCCCCACCCGCCGACUUCACCUCUGACCGCCGUCCCAACCCCACGAGCCUGUUCCAAUAUCAAAAGCAUCCAGGCCUGAUCUAGGUCGUGGCCAUGUCCGGAUCGUAUCACCACCAUCUUGACAUCGACCGCCGCCAAACGAUGGUUCGGCCGCAGUGCGCUCCGCGAUAGGACACGCCCCUUCCUCUCGGCGCUGCUCAAGUGGAGCUAGGUACAUCGCAUAUCGUCUACCAGAACUGCACUUUUCAACACCACCGGAUUCAAAACAUACAACACACCAUGCUGGGCAAGCUGUUCAACCUGGGUAACACCCCGGGUAACUCCAACCAGGCCCAGCCUUCUACCUCCAAACAGGUCUCGUCGCUCGAGUCGGUCCAGGAGGACAUCCACACCCGCUCCCUCCUGUUCCCAGACGCCCAGACUCUGUACCAGCACCAGAAUGACCAGGUCUUCCCCAUGUCCAGCGCCUCUGUGCUGCCUCUGCAGACCUCGGUCGCAAACCCUUACGAUCUCGACGGCGACCUCGAGAUCGAGAGCCGCGACGUUCGCGUCAUUAUCAUGCAGGACACCUCGAGCUCGUCUCCCGCCUCCCUGCUGUAUGACAGCCAGCGGCCCCAGCUGCCCCAGGAGCCCUCGCCCACUGAGCGGCCCCAGACCAUGGCAGGCAUGUCCCAGGCCCUCCCACAGGAUUCCCGUCGUUUCGCAUCUGCACAGCGCAAAACCAGCACCGGCCAGUCGUCCAAGCCUGUUGUGAUCCAGCCCGGCAGUCCCCAGCCACGCCAGAGCGCGUUCGACAGGAGGGCUUCCAUGCACAGCCGCACCCAGAGCAAGGCCGAGACCGAGUCGCAGAAGCUCCUGAGGGAGUACAAGCAGGAGAUCGACACCUUUGCCGGGUGCAUCUUUGGAAACAAUGAGUUCCUGGCCUACAAGGGGACGUCAACCAAAGUCCAUGUUGUCCCCUCAGACAUGCGCAACGACGUGCCCAGCUCGGGUCUCGGAGACGGCAGGGGAUCAAUUGGCAGGUCGGCAACGAGGACGAGCAAGCUGUCUCAGUCCUUUUCCUCCGAGGCGGUGCCUCCCUUCAAGCCAUCAGUCUCUUCGCCACUUCCUCGAUCGUCUGACCGAAAGAGAGUCCUCAUCACGCGGCUCUUUCCAGUCAGUAUCCCUGCCGACGAUACUCUGGCAUGCACCCCCAAGGGGCGCUUUUCCGAGGAGAGCUCAGGAUUCCCGUUCCCCCAGUCGAGUGACGAGGCAAAGGCGAAAGCCAAAAAGGCACAACUGAAGCAGAAGCGGACACCAAUGUACGCGGUGGCUCUCAUCAUCAGCCUGCCACCCGGCUUGCCUCAAACCGCCCCCGCCAGCGCGUCGCGGUCGGCCUUUCGCGGUUCGAGCUCCUACAACGAGCAACAGGACUCAUUCCCAUCAUCCUACAACUCCGCGAGGCGGUCUGGCUGGGCGACGGUCGGGCCAAGCUUCGGCGGGUUUGAGGCUCUCGAUGCCGGCUUCAGCAUGGACUCGGAAGAGCGGAUCGACGCCAUCACGCGACACUGGGACGUCAUCAUGCGCAGCCUCACCUCUCUGCAGUCUACCGUCGCCACUGAGCUGUUUGCCCUGCUGAAGCAGGCGGACAUCGCGUCACCGAACCCAGCACCAAGCUCGGUCAACAGCCAUUUCCCCCGGGCGCCCUCGAACGCCAGCCAGAAACCGCCAAAAACAAACACCAAGUUCAUCUCUCUUCUCCCAAAUUGUCUAGCAAAUGACAAGCUGGUCAAGGAGGAGGUAGACGCUGCCAGGGCUCGGAUCGUGCUGGGUCUACGGGCCACCAGGGUCGUCACCGGUCAGAACCGAUGGGGAAUCUGGCGCGAAGAGGCUCGGUGGGUGGAGCGGUGGGCUGGCGGACGAGACCAAGGCUUCUUCUUCUUCAACCUGCUCACGGGAUUCCUGUCGGUGCACACGGACUGGCUGCAGGCUUUGAGCCCUUCUAGAUACCGCCGGCAGUUUUCCGCCCUGCAGAAGCUCAAGAGCGACGAUGACCUUUCGCUUCCCGCGAGAACAAUUGUGGUCUCGCAGGAUCGCGUGGCUGCGCGAAGGCUCAUAUUUCUGCUUUCUGCUUUCUUGCCCGCCAACCAACAACUGUUGUCGAUGCGGACGCAGAGGCCGCAGACCUCAGCUUCUUUCGGGGGCUUUUCACAGUCUCCUCCGUCAUUCAUCAUUCCCCUUACGAAGGAGGAGUCCCUGCGUCGCAAGAUCAACCGUCGCGGUGCCUCGAGGCAUGCCUCGCACUCCCGCACCGCGAGUACAUACACUACUAGUACGAAAGUCUCCGUGCCGGCCCACCUGGCCCACCUUAGCAUGGAUGGACAGCAUGGGCGCCGGGCGUCAGAUGCCGCGUCUAUCAGAACGAGCCUGCCGCUCCAGGGAAGUGAUACGGACAGUCGGAAGGCCAGCGCCGCCACAACGGCGACUGUCACGCAGGAGCACAGCACUAUUAUUCCGCAUUUCGCGACCCAGAACUCAGAAUCGCAGGCCUACGGUCACCCCGACAGCAGCAUGGCAGCCGACGAUCUGAAGCGUUCGCUAAAACGAGGGGACAGCAUGGGUAGUUCUGACACCCAGACGAGCUCGCGCUGGAGCGUGAUCAGUGGGCUCUGGAACACGCGGCGGAGGGAAUCCUCUCUUAGCACGGCGCCGAAUAGAGACUCGCCAGGCAGUCGGGACAGCAUACCCGUGUCGCCAAGGAAGCCAGUCUCGAACCGAAGGAACUCCCUUGCAAAGAUGGUGGAGGAAGCCGCUGCUCUGGAUCCCAUGUCGUCGCAGGCCAGGACCAGGAACUCCCCCAAAGAGAGGGACGCCGAGUCCCCAGAGACGCCAGACGCUGAACAGGGACCCGGGCAAAGGUCGCGCGCACCGAUCCCGAUGGAGAGGAAGCCGGAUCCAAGCGGGGCCUUCGAGUCGCCGGUAAAGACCACGAUCAACCCUGAGGACGGUGUCAUCGACGUUGACGUACCGUUUCCGGACUUUAUCGCUUCCUUCGAGACUGCCGUCAGCUCGCCGUCCAGCAGUGGCUACCUGUCAACGCCAGGCCUGAGCGGCCUCGAGUUGUUCGAGCAGGCAUCCCGGGUCGCUUUUGACGGCGAUGUGCCGAUGAACGUGGCGGGUUGGCUCCAGCGGUACCAUCCGGACUUCAUACUGCAGGCGAUCCCUCCCCAGAACGACCUCGUGGAGCAGGUGAAGGCGUCACUCCGGGCCGAGCCCACCCCAUACCCAGCUGCGCUGGCCGACGGCAACGAGGAGAAGUGGGUGGAUGUCAGCUCGGCGCUCAUUGCAGACAGCACCGACUUCUCGAUCCGGCGCGUACGAUACCGGCGCCUGAUCAAGCCCAGAAGCGGCGCCGAGAGGACAACGCCGCUGCUGUCCUCGUCUGUCAACACGAUGAGCUCGACCAACAUGACGCCAUUGAUCUCUCCUUAUGAACACCACCUGCAGGAGGACUUUGUCGAGGAGCCAAUCGUGACGUUGGACGACACCCUGAUCGAGGCGGUGGAGCGGGUGAUCGCCCACGGGAGCGACAUGAGCAAGGACAGCUCGCAGUGCUCGUCACGGUCGACGAGCAAGAGGCGGGAGAGCUUUGCCGACCUGCUCGCCGCGGCGGCCGCGAGCACCACGGUGUCCAACACUGUCGGCUUGGCCCCCGAGGUCGAAGUGGCCCAGGGCAGCACCCAGCCGCGGAAGGGCUCGCCUCAGCAGGGCGAGGUGCCGCGGGGGGAGUGCAAGACCGUGGUGCUGUCCGCGCUGGAAAACAUCGCCAGGGACGUGACGCAGAGGAAGAGCGAGAGGGAAGAGCUGGGGCGGGCCAGCAGCGGCGGCCCGCGCGGCAGGGAGAAGGAGAGCGUGCUGAGAGAGGCGGUGCGCUCGUGGGUUGAAGGCGUGGAUGCUGGCAUGGAAGCGAGCCAGUAGAGAUGUGUGCAUGAGGGCGCCGGACUGAGGGAGAGGAGGAAACACGCGGGCACCGACCCGGUGCUUGAGGAGGAGGGGAAAGCUGCGUGGAUUGGUGUUUGAGGAUGUUUUGAUGAUACCCAGAGGUCGAAUGAGCAUGAGCUAUUCACCGUUGCAUUUCGAGGAGGACGGUCAUUAUAGAUGGAUGUGUGUGUCAGCGUUGGGAGCAGCAGUCUGGCCAUCUAUCUAUCUUUCUGAGAGACGGAGGGAGAACUCCGCAAUGGUCUAUGUAUGGCAGGCACACAUGCACAUGUGCCCAACAACUAACUGGCUGUUCAUAUGAUGACAGCAUGGCCGCAGAACCAGAAUAAUAUGAUAAGAAAGUC